CGUGACAGUCGCUCGAUUGGAUUAUUAUGCGCGGUGGAAAAAUACAGUUGAUUUCAUUACUUUGAUCAUACAUAUUUGUUUGAAUAUAGAAAAAUUUUGAAAAGAGAAAGAUAAAAGGUAGAAGACCGUGUCUCAGAAGAAACGAGCGUCUAUUUUGAAGGAACAAUUCCGUGACGCGACGAUCCUGACUUAUUUCGUUUACAUGCAAGGACUGUGUGAUUAGAGUUGCUAUAUAUUUACAUCUUAACAUGUCGAAUUGACACGUCGAAGUAACAUUUAAAACUGCGAGAUUUCGGCCUGACGUGAUAUUUCAAACGAUGGCUGCUAAAGUGUAUCAAUCUGAUCAAGAGUUAGAAACGAAAGUUAAGAAAGCAACGGAACGUAUAUCAGAAAACAUGCACAUCGUCGCGAACGAGCCAUCGCUUGCAUUUUACAGACUGCAGGAACACGUGAGGAAAGCGUUGCCACCAAUGGUGGAGAAACGCGUAGAGGUGCUAGCGCUGCAGCAACAAUUGUUAGGUAGAUGCUACGACGUGGAGUAUGCGGUCAGCGCUAUCCGAACGAUGCAGGGCGCUGGGAAGAGUUUUGAGAAUACCUUGGAAUUCAUCAAGAACGCUAUAUUUUUCAAGCAGCAGCUCAAGUACGAGGAGCAAAGGCGACAUAAGAAGGACGGCAGUAGGGACUCUGUCUACAAGAGACUGUCGGCGCAUAUCCCGACGUUGGAUCAUCUACCGGAUGAGAUCUCGGACGUGGUACGGGAAACAGCGAAUCGCGUGGAAUCGAUGAUGAAUCAUGCCCGUCACUCAAGCGAUACACAACGAUCAACCACCACCCACAAUUAGAAAGAUGGAGGAAGGAACGCUCGAAUUUCUGUGAUAACAGCUCGCUCAUUCGUGAAUUUUAUACGUGUAGAUUACAACGUCGUACAUAAUACUAUUGCUACAAUAAACAUGAUGAACAGAAACAUUUCUACUCUUAUUUUCUUAGUGAUGCGACAACUCGUUUAUUUCGAGAAUCGAGUAACUCGUAUUCAUUUUAGUAAAG